UUUAGACCUGAUUUUUAUGGUUAUAUGUUACGAAGCCGCCAAUAUUUUUCAACAACUGGGCAUCAUUUCAUUCGUUUUCAGCAACAUUUUGAUGGAUAUUUCCAGAAAUUAAUGGUUAAAAACUACACCUUGUCUCUUUAAGCAUGUAGAGACAAGUACACACACACUUAAGCAGGAGGAAGUCUCACUCUUUCUGCCACCCAGACUUGUUUUCUUACAUCUUUCAUCUUUUCAGACCAUCUAGGCAACACUUUUUGAAAGAAGCCACUCUGUGAAGAAUAUAGUCAUUUCUGACAUCACUGUAAUGAUGCAUGCACAGGACGAGCUCCAAAUCUGUGUGCAGCCAAUCGUAUCCGAUAGAAGCCGAACCAGACAAGAGUGCAGUUACUUCUGUGAGCCGACAAGCGUGUGAACGUGAGUACGGUCGAAUGACACCGCGCUCACGGGCUUCAGUACCUCGUCAAUAGAGACAUAACUGUAAAUGCACGAGUUUAGCUGAAAAGUACAACGGAUGUAGAUGAGUUACCCUCAGCUACACAGGUUUAGGAUUAUUGAUCAGUAAACAAAAUGCAAAACAAUAUAAUUUCACGUUAUCCAGAACCACCAGAACUGUAUUGUAUUCACACAUUUUGUUCCUGCCCUGAAAGGCAAAUGAAUAUGUGUUACGUCACAUUUUAGUAGAUCAAAACCAAGAUGCUGUGAUGUUUUAACACUCGUGAAUCCAAUUUAUCUUCUCUUUUUCUUACAAAAGCUUUGAUGUCUUGUUUGCUAAGAUGCUUACCCUGCUUGUGGUAUUAUACCAGUUACUCUACCUGGGUAAGCCUGCCAAGAUUAAGCGUAGAGCUUCCAGAAGGUCACUCUGGGUGUUUGUUGGUAGAUCAGCCGGAUCAGAUAGUGGAGACUUAGUGGAUCUUCAGGGUGAGAAAAUGAAAGAAAGCAGUUUUCCUGUGUGAAACGGUGUGAAACCUCGACUAGUCCAGAAGAAAAGCAUGCUGGUUGAAUACAGCAGAGAGAAGUAACUGACCAAUGUGUAGUUUUACAUUCAUAAAUACACUUUUUCCAUUUGCCACACGGUGUUUGAACCUUUAAAUCUGGUACUUCUCUUUCUAAACUCUCUUAUUGUCAUUUAUGUUGUCAGAGGGAGUUUAUAAUUCAGCAGUAGCUCAACAGGUUGAGCAGCUUGUCCAGCAAUCGGAAGGUUGCAGGUUCGAUCCCGGCUCCGGCCAGAGAAUUCUGCCGUUGUGUCCUUGGGCAAGACACUUAACCCACCUUGCCUGCUGGUGGUGGUCGGAGGGACCGGUGGCGCCAGUGCUCGGCAGCCUCGCCUCUGUCAGUGCGCCCCAGGGCAGCUGUGGCUACAUCGUAGCUCAUCCCCAUCAGUGUGUGAACGUGUGUGUGUGUGAACGUGUGUGUGAAUGGAUGAAUGAUACACUGUAGUGUAAAGCGCUUUGGAGUCCUUACUCUGAGAGGCGCUAUACAAGUGCGGGUCAUUUAUCAUUUAAUUCUGCAUUUGGAAGCAGUUUGAGUCCCGAUUUUAUAAAAGGUUAUUAUUAAUAAUACAGAACAUAUGUUUCACCGCUGCGUUACUGGAUAGGUCACCACGUCUGCUGCCUUGUUCUGAGCCGAGUGUUAUAAGAAUGAAUUGGAAUAUAUAUUUUUAAGAACUAUAUGAAUAAUGUAAUAGACGUUGUUUUGCAUUGUGCUAAAGCCAAACCUACUGAUAGCUGUAAACUGUCACACUGGUUUUUCUUUUGACCGUUUUAAAGCAAAAAAUUGGCUUUUCGCCGUUCUUUUGGCAGACAUUAAUACAGUGACUUGACACCUGCAUUCACAGUAAGCACCACAAUGAAUGUGCUGCUGAAGUUCUGAUGAAGUCGUGCAGAACUGACGGUGCUGGUUUUUAGAAUAUUAUGGGACGAACUGUUGUGAGAGGAGAUGUAAAGUUGUUUAAAGAUGACAGCAACUUUGUUCUUGGCUGUCCUCGAACAGCUGCUCACCAGUCCUGCAGGAUACGUAAGCACUAUUUUGUUAAGCUGAGGCUGUUCGGGAAGCAAUGUACAGCAGAAAAGAAAACGAUUUACAACUUUUACUCAGAAACACUAAAAUCGCCCCAAAUCACUUUCUUCUACUGGAUUGUUCCUGUUUCAGUGUGUGUGUGUGUGUGUGUGUGUGUGUGUGCGUGUGCGUGUGUGUGUGUCUUGCUCUAGAGAGGGUCACAUUAAGGAUAGAAUUGCAUGGAAGUGGGUCAGCCAGUGCCACCAGGGAGUCCUGUCAGCUCUGACUGGACCCAGCCAAAGGCCAACACAAACACAGAAAACAUGGCUGCAUUCAUGAACGAGCGCAUGUGUUCACUACAUGUGUGUCCCGUGUAUUCCCGGGGGGUGUUAAUUGAUGAUGCACAGAUCAGAUUUUUCAAGCAGCGGUAGGUGUGUGACCUUUGCUUUCUGUAAUUCUGUGACCUAACAUGAUGCUACCUCGUUGCCGUACUUUGACUCCUCAUAAAAAGCUUCGGUGGAAGAAACGUCGCCGUCAGGGCAAGAAGAGCAGCAAAGCGAAGCUGUAGCUGAGCGUGCUUUAACCACAUUUACAGCCACCACAGAUGAUUCAAAGCCUGUCACACUCCAUGUGUCUCAGCUGGAUGGACAUCAUGUUUCUGCAGGCUCAACGAUAAGGAAAUAGGAUUUAGCUCCGUAUUCAGCAGAUCUUUGUUCCAACUCCUGGCUGCAGUCUCUUGUUUUCUUCAUUGGUUCUUCUCUGAGGAGGACUUAAUGGGCUAUUUCUGUUCCUCGCCUGGAAGCUUGUGUCCUUCCUUGUGUUUGAAUAGAAAAGGCAUCAUUAGAAGGAGCAUGUUUGAGUAACAAACCAAAGAGGAAGUGGGAUCUCUGAGGCUCCGCCCCCUCUUCUGGUGGAGCACCCUGCACAUCUGACCAGAGAACCUCGAGCUGCUUCAGCAGGAUGCGGAGGUUCGCCUACUGUAAGGUGGUUCUGGCCACCUCUCUGGUCUGGGUGAUGCUGGACAUGUUCAUUCUGCUCUACUUCAGCGAGUGCAACAAGUGUGAUGAGAAGAAGGAGAGAGGACUUCCUGGGAGAGCUGACUCCUUGUCCAGACCUCGAGAUGGACCUGGUGAAGGUGGGAAGCCUGUAGUGAUUCCUAAGGAGAGCCAGGAGAAAAUGAAGGAGAUGUUUAAGAUCAACCAGUUCAACCUUAUGGCCUCUCAGAUGAUCGCGCUCAACCGAUCGCUGCCCGAUGUUCGUCUAGAGGGGUGCAAGAACAAGUUAUACCCCGAUAAUCUUCCUCGCACCAGUGUGGUGAUUGUGUUUCACAAUGAGGCUUGGAGUACGUUGCUGCGAACCGUUCACUCCGUUAUCGACCGCUCGCCACACACACUGCUGGAGGAGAUUGUCCUGGUGGACGACGCCAGCGAGAGAGAGUUUCUGAAGCGGCAGCUGGAGCAGUACGUCUGGAAGUUAGAAGUGCCUGUGAGGGUGGUGAGGAUGGAGCAGCGGUCCGGACUCAUCCGUGCUCGCCUUAAGGGAGCCUCCAUCUCCACCGGCCAGGUCAUUACUUUUCUGGACGCUCAUUGUGAAUGCACCACAGGGUGGCUGGAGCCUCUGCUCGCUCGCAUCAAACAAGACAAGAGAACGGUGGUGUGCCCCAUCAUAGACGUCAUCAGCGAUGACACGUUCGAGUACAUGGCGGGAUCUGACAUGACGUACGGAGGUUUCAACUGGAAGCUGAACUUCCGCUGGUACCCGGUACCUCAGAGAGAGAUGGACCGCCGCAAGGGAGACCGCACACUCCCCGUCAGGACUCCCACCAUGGCAGGCGGCUUGUUCUCCAUAGACAGAGAUUAUUUUCAGGAGAUCGGCACCUAUGAUGCAGGCAUGGACAUCUGGGGCGGAGAAAACCUGGAGAUCUCUUUCCGAAUCUGGCAGUGUGGGGGGACUCUGGAGAUCGUCACGUGCUCUCAUGUGGGUCACGUGUUCAGGAAGGCAACGCCGUACACGUUUCCCGGAGGAACGGGCCAGAUCAUCAACAAAAACAACCGACGGCUGGCAGAAGUCUGGAUGGACGAGUUCAAGAACUUCUUCUACAUCAUCUCUCCUGGUGUGACUAAAGUGGACUACGGAGACAUCUCCUCUCGCUCUGCUCUGAGACAAAAGCUGCAGUGUAAACCCUUCAGCUGGUACCUGGAGAACAUCUACCCUGACUCCCAGAUCCCAAGGCAUUAUUACUCUCUAGGAGAGAUCCGAAAUGUGGAGACCAACCAGUGCCUGGACAACAUGGCCCGAAAGGAGAAUGAGAAGGUCGGCAUCUUUAACUGCCACGGCAUGGGAGGUAACCAGGUCUUCUCCUACACAGCCAACAAGGAGAUCAGGACAGAUGACUUGUGUCUGGACGUCUCCAAGCUAAACGGACCCGUCAUGAUGCUGAAGUGCCACCACCUUAAAGGGAACCAGCUGUGGGAGUACGAUCCUGUGAAGCUGACUCUGGUCCACGUGAACAGUAACCAGUGUCUGGACAAGGCCAGCGAGGAGGACAGCCAGGUGCCCAGCGUCAGAGACUGCACGCACACACGCUCCCAACAGUGGCUGCUCCGCAACGUCACACUACCGGAGGUCUUCUGACCACGCCCCCACGCUGACACACCGCGGCCCUGAAUGAGCGGCCACGAGUAAAACACUGAAACGGGCAUGUUUGUUACAUUUGGGCACGAGGACAGACACUUCCCGUGCAGGGAGUCAGGAAUGGAGGACGAGGAGGAGACAUGGCAUGGUACUACCUCUGCCAGAGACCAGAGGGAGGAGAUGUUCCUCAGAGCGAACCACGAGCAGAGACUCACUCUAGAGACCAUAUCUGUUGUCUUAUUGUUGUUCUGGACCUUUUUAUUUUGAGAUUUUAACCAUGAAGAGAGACUCGCGUGUGUGUGUGUGUGUGUGUGUGUGUGUGUGUGUGUGUGUGUGUGUGUGUGUGUGUGUGUGUGUGUGUGUGUAAACUCUAAGGUGAAUGUAUGCUUUGCAGAGGGCCUGAAUUCCUUGAGUUCUUUUUUAUUUAAUUUUUUAACUCUUAUGAAGAAUGCAUGUUUCAGUGUGUGUGUGUGUGUGUCAGCCCCUCCUACAGCCACGCAGCAGUGUGUGUCUCCCCCUGGUGUUACUUCCUGGCAUCUCAUCUGACAGACAAGCCUGAGGAAUUUCUGCACAUUUAAAGGAAAACGAUGGAGCUAAAUCCGCCGUCUGGCCUCAGCAGAGACGUAGAGGUAGAGAAACGUUUGUGCUAUCUGAGAUUUCUGUCUAGUCUUUACCUGGACUGUCCGGUUCUCUUGUUUUCGUCUCUGUUGUCUUUAAAGCUGAUUAACGUUGAAUCAACACACUGUGGACUGGUGAUGGUAAGGGUCAGUUACCCAUAACGUCCUGAUCAUGUACGUUCAGAAAAAAAGGCUCGUAUCAGUUUAAAAAAACACUCCAAAGGGCUUUUAUCCUCCGCUGGAGUGUGUGGAUGUACGUAUCUGCAGGUGUGGAUGUGUUUUCUUUUAGGUAAUUAUCUCUUUUUAUCAUCUCAGCAUCCUGAUUACCCCCCCCCCCCCCCCACACACACACACACUUACGAAAACUCGAGUCUCUGAAUUAUUUAUCAGCUGACGUGACGUCACUGGUGAAGGAAUCAGAGCGAGUGAUGGAGGACGACUCUGUGAUCAGACCCACAUAUCUCAGUUCUGCUGGCUAAUCUCCAGACUUUUGCUCUCAUAUCUUCGAGUGAGAAACAGACCGUUAUCGUUUCAGCCAUCCUGGCUCUGUUACAUGUUUUUAUUCGUGUCUCCUGCUGCUAUGAGUCGGGACACGGGAGAUUUCACAGAGAUCUGGACAUGGCGUGUCUGAGCGAGUGUGUGUGGUGAAGAUGUGGACGGAGAUGGGGGGGAGUGUGUUGAUUUGUAUUGAUGUUUGUGGGGAGGGGGUUAAAGCAGCUGUCCAGGCUUCCACACAGAGCUGAUCCAAAUGUAGACAAUAAAAGUGAAAAGGUUUACAGACCAA